ACCACCAACUAUUAAAACCACUUUCAGUCUCAGUUGAGCUCACAGAUAAGAGGUUGUACUAAAACUCUAGAGGUCUAGAAAACUCAUCAAAAUGGCAACUUGUUCUUCUCUUUGCUUAACACCAGUUCGUGCAUUCAAGUCCUCAAACAAACCAGGAGUUUUGAUUGGGAAUUCGGGAGGUGGUAAAGUUCUUCGAGUCAAUGAAGCGUUUCAGAACUCAAAAGCUGCAAAGACUCAAUCUUGGGAGAUCAAGGCAACAGAUGGUAAACAAACCACCAAGGUCAAUAGCAUAGUCUGUAGUGAUUGUCAAGGAAAUGGUGCUAUAGCUUGUUCUCAAUGCAAAGGUACUGGAGUUAAUUCUGUAGACCACUUCAACGGACAGUUCAAAGCCGGUGGGCUAUGUUGGCUUUGCAGGGGUAAAAGGGAUAUUCUGUGUGGAGAAUGCAACGGUGCUGGGUUCCUUGGAGGAUUCAUGAGCACACACGACGACUAGAAAGAACAGAAAUCCUCUCAGAGAAUACCAAAAGAAUGUUGUUCAGUGUGUUCCUAUAGUAAAUUUUGUACUAUGGAUAUGUAAGAGAACCAGUUCCUUUGGUUAGAGAUUGUAAUGUUUUACAUAUUGUUAAAGAACAGCCCAACUGUUAUUUGGGUCAGAUAUGUCGGCUGCAUAUCUGGUUCUAUUCUUCAUUACUGCAUUUUUGUUGAAAAUUUUGUACCAUGGAUAUGUAAGAGAACCAGUUCCUUUGGUUAGAGAUUGUAAUGUUUUACUGCAUUACUGCAUUUUUGUUGAAUUACAAGUGAAGUGAAUUAUUAAUUAUCUGCUAAAUAAAAAAACAAAAAACAAAACACGCGCCAGGUAGGGGUCGAACCUACGACUUUCUGCUUAGGAAACAGACGCUCUAUCCACUGAGCUACAGGCGCUUGAAUGGCUGAUAUUGUCGUAUUUAUUUAUUUAUACUAUUGACAGUGAUAAUAAACUGAGUGUAAGAAAUGCGGGAGAGAUUGAUGUUAACUAGGGGAAAAAUCGUAUGUGCUAGUUAAAAAUCGUAUGUAACACAUACGCAUGAGCUCAUAUUAAUAACUGGUAAUGAUAUU